GACUAAUCCUUGUUCCUUCUCUUCACAGAAUCCAGCAUUCUGAAACGGAAAACCGAGGCUUUAUGGCAGUAGUUUCAACUGCUCAUUCAACUGCCACCCUUUUUCACCACAUAAAUGGUUUCAAACGCUUCACUUUUUUCUUACCCUUCUCUUCUUCUUCUGUUGCUGCUUCUCUGUCUACUAUGAAAAAGUGGAGACAACCAGUGGCUUCCUCAGUGCUAGAGCUUGGUGGAAUCAGAAUUGCUAAAGAUGAUGUGGUGAGGGAUGAUCCAACAAACAGUGUUCCGGACACAAUUUUUUCAAAACAUGGAAUGCAGCUCCAUAGAAGGAAUAACCAGUCUCUUGGGAUUCUGAAGAAUGGAAUGAUAUAUGAGUCUUUUGAUAUUAAUUACUCAAACAUUUUUGAUAAGUUUUGUGAUCUCUGGCCAAUUGUUUCGGUAAAACAGUAUUUGACAAAGGAUGAUCUCUUCUUGUUCAGUAAUUUCAAUUCCGAUUAUUCAAUCGUGGGUGAUAGUAAAUAUAUUGGGCAUUGCGGUUUAGACUUCUUGUUCAGUGAUUGAAGCAACAGUCGUAAAUGACUUGAAGUUCAUCUUGCUUGAGGCAAGGAACCUAUAAAACCUUCGCUCUUGUUUCUGUCAAGAUGACAGAUUCAAGCGAGCCCCAGUAUCCAGGAAAAGAACCUCAGCAAUUUGAAACAGAACCUCAACAAUCUGAACAAGGUAAAAUUUGUUCCAUUU